AUGGCUGAUCAAGCCCAAGACAGGACGCACGCUGAAGUCCCACUGUCCCCAUCCUCCGACAACGAGCUCCCCCUUGGCGAAUUGACCAAAGAUCUCAAGAGCAGCCUCGACGGCAUAUGGGCGCUGGGCGUCGACGGCGUGCUCCGCUCCUUCGACGGCGAGCGCAACGUCCUCGACGCGCGCAGGCUCGGCCCGGCCCAGAUCAGGGAGUAUGUCGGACUGGAGGUCCUGCCCGACGUCUUGCUGGGCGUCGACGGGCGCCAGGCCUCGGAAUGGGACAUGUACCACCCUGCCGCCGAGGACAUCCCCAGGAAGCCGACGGGUGAGGACAGGGCCCGGACUCGCCGGCACAAUGAGGAACUCCGGAGGCAGGGGUAUUCGUGUGAUAAUCCCAGGCCGGCUACAGCGAAAUGA